AUGUUAGAAGAUCAAAUGGAAAGGGAUGGCAUCACAUAUUUAGCGGGAUGGGUAGCUUACAAGCACAAAGACUUACCAUGGCUUGGAAACCCAACAAGAGAAAGAAAAAAUACCUCUGCAGCUCAACUUCCAUCAUGGGUCCAACAAUUAUCCUUUGGUGGACUCAUGGAGCCCAGUCCUGAAUGGUUAAAUUCUGCCCUCCACAUUGAAAAAGUAUUUCAAGAAUUCCACAAGUCUGAAAUUUAUAAGGGUCCAAAUACUGUAAAAAAAUGUGUUUUCAAAGUAAUGUGUGAGAUCACUUCAAUACCUGAAAAUGUAAUCAAAACUUACAUUUUGCAGCGUACAAGAAUCCGAAUAAAAUUUCUUAAUGCAUAUGCAUUUGCUAGAAAACAGGAAGAAAAGACCAGAAAAGAAGAAGAAAAGAUCAGAAAACAAGAGGAGAAAGCUAAGAAAGAAGAAGAACAAAAAAGGAUAAGAGAAGAAAAAGCAGCCCUCAAAGAACUAAAACAAAGACAGAGGGAGGAGGCAAAGGUUGAGAGAGAGAAGCAGAAACAAAAACAGCAGGAUGAUAAGAAAAUAAUUCAAGAACAGAUAAGAAUUGCAAAUAAAGAGGGGAAGAAAAGGAAAUUAGAAGAAGCUAAAGCUGAGAAAGAGAAGAAAAGACAAAAGCUGGAGGAAGAAAAGAGGAAAAAACAAGAGGAAAUUAGACUGACAAGAGAAGAGGCCAAAAAGAGGAAAUCACAGGAAGUGAGAGCAGAACCAGCAAAGAAGAAGAAGCCCAAUGGUGCUUGCAAGGCUGCAAAUGAAGUUGUUCCGAGCGAAAGGAAGAGAGCUCGAAAAAUGAAGAAGCUCACAACCUGA